GUUUACGAUUGCGUUUUGACUUUUGAUUGCAUUCGUGUUUGAGCUCGCAGCAGGCUUGAAGUGUGUUGGAAGAAGUUGGAAGUGUGUUAACCAAUGAACUGUGUCUGACUUAUACCCUGAGUGACACGACCGCGCAGCUGAGCUGGAGGCGAGGGCCUGUGAUCAGGAGCACGCAAGAUAAUUACAAUUUGAAUCGGAAGGAGAAUGUGUGGCAGAACUGCAUGUACUUUGCAGCCCGACAACCUGUCUCGGGCGUGCUCCUAUGUUCCUCGUGGUGGGCAAAACCAAAAGCAAAACAACCAGAAGUACCAGAAAGCAAGAUUUAUGAACACGCCAGGAUCAAGAAAUUAUCAGCCAUCACAGAACAUUGCUCCAACAGGCACACUUCCAGUGCUGAUCCGUGGAGAUUUCGCCGGAUGUCCUGAUGAAGAGAGGAUCGUGGUUUCGAUGAGAUGGGGUCUCAUUCCUUUCUUUCACAAGGGCGACAUUGCGGAGAUGAAACUGACAACGUUCAACGCCCGUUCGGAAGAGUUCCGCGACAAAUCCAUGUUCUCUGGACCGUUUAAACGCAGGCAGAGAUGUGUGAUUCUGUGCGAUGGCUAUUACGAAUGGAAAAGAGAUGGGAACAACAAAAAGCCAUACUUCCUCUACACGGAACAAGAUAAAAAGUGGGACAUUUGUACGGACGUGAACAAGCUGAGCGAAGAGGAUCUCUGGAGCGAAGAGGAAGGCUGGAAAGGACCCAAACUGACCAUGAUGGCGGGCCUGUUUGAGACACGGAAAAUGGACGAUGAGGAAGUUCUCUACAGCUGCACUAUCCUGACUCAGGCCUCGAACCCUCAUCUGACGUGGAUUCACCACCGAAUGCCCGUGUUCCUGACUACACCGCGGGCGGUCCAGGACUGGCUGUCUGCCGAGAGCUCGGAGCAGACGGCACUGAGUCAGAUCACCCCGGCAGACUCGCUGACCUGGCACCCAGUCUCGUCUGAAAUCAACAACGUCCGUAACCGGGACGCCACAUACGCGCCGGUGGACGACACCAAACGGUCACCGGCGGCCGGCUUCAUGGCCAACUGGCUCGGCAAGGGCAAGGCGGAGAAGCGACCGGCGGAGGACGGAGAGGACAAACCCAGCAAACGCUGAAGGGCGGCGGACGAUCUGCACCGCGCCAGACGGCGGGGUGACGAGUCCGCGGGAGGAACAAGCCAAGAUUGUUCGUCCUCUAGGGAUGGUACCUGAACAAUGAACAUUUGAAUGCUGAACAGCAGUUAGAAUGGCUGUUCCUUUUUGCCUUUUAGCGCGUACCUAUGUUUUGUAUUGUUUUACAAUUUGCAUUGUAGUUUAUUAUACCGUUAACUUUGCUGUAUGUAGAAACUGGUGUUCGAUUUUGUAGCUAAGCCAGGUCGCGAGAAGGCUGCCAGGAAGUUCUUUUACACCCAGAAAAAUAGCCGUUUACAGCCGUUAGAAAACUAACGGCUCAUUGAUGGAUAACAUUUCGAUCACAAAGCAAACGCUCUUUAAAAUACUUGUCAAUAAAGAAGUCAAAUGUCAACA